CUGGAAGUAUAAAAGGAAGAUAGUUGUGGUAAUCAAUAUGUGAAAAAAUAAAAAAGCAUCUACAAACAUUUUGGAAUCAUAUUAGAAAAAAGAGGGCUGGUGCAGAGUGGUCCAGCGGUCUAAAGCGCUGCCACUAUGAGCAGGAGGUCACAGGUUCGAACCUCCGCUCAUGCAGCUUUGCCAUCAAGCUGCCGGCGCUCAGAGGGAGCACAAUUGGCUCUGCUCCCUCCGGGUGGGUAGAUGGCGCUCGCUCCUCACAUCAUUGAAGGGUGAUGUCCACAGCACAGGGUGUCUGUGAGCUGAUGUACCGGAACCGAGUCGCUGCGCUUUCCUCCAAGCACACUGGCUACUUGGCAAUGCUGCAUCAGCAGCAGCUCAAAAAGAAGCGGUGACUGACUUCACAUGUAUUGGAGGGGGCAUGUGUUAGUCUUCACCCUCCUGGUGUGUUGGGGCAUUACUAGUGAUAGGAGUCCUAAUGAGUGGGUUGGGUAAUUGGCUGUGUAAAUUGAGGAGAAAAUGGGAAAAAAUUUGAAAAAAAAAGAAAAAGAAAGAAGAGGGCUGAGGCAUUCAUUGAUGUGAUGAUGAAAAAGGCAAUAUUAGGUAUUUGGUUUUAAUGUUAUGGCUGAUUGGUGUAAGUUUCACUGACUUGUAUUAGCCUAGUCUGCCUUCAGAGCUGGUUAACAAGUCAAUGUUAUUGGUAACCAUGGAGAAGAUUUACUGCAUGUGUGUGAGUCAUAUAUAUAUACGCAGAUAGAUUACACUGUGUGUAUAAGGGGUCUGUCUUGAAUGCGCAGGCCAAGCAUAGCUGAUUGAAAGCCAAGUCCAUGAAUCUGAAAAUAGCCCACUGUACUGACCCGCCUGCCUGCCUGACCCAGCCUUCUGAACACUGUGAACUGACAGCUUGGAGAUCGACAGACCUCUUCACUCCUCCAGAUCGCCUGAAAUCGAGACCCACAUCACGGCUCGGGUUUCAUAACAAAACUUCUGCAUCUUCUUCAAUAAAACAGGCCAACAAAUGUCAUCCAGGACCAAAUCCUCUGAAUGGAGGAGAGACUCCCGUUCCUACCAAGUGGAGGUUGAUUUCACCUCGCCCGGCUUGGCCGUGAUGGAGGUUGAGAAACUUCUCUUCUGCGGAAGAUCGAUCAACAGCCAUGCUAAUGAAGUCUGGCCCAGACUUUAUAUAGGAGACAUGGACUUUGCUGAGAACCGAGCAGAACUGCGCAGGCAGAACUUCACUCAUGUCCUGAACUGCGCUCACAGCACCAGGAGAGGGGCUGAGUUUUAUGACGGAAUGGGCAUCACCUACCUGGGCAUUGAGGCACACGAUUCACCAGCCUACGACAUGAGCGUCAACUUCAACACUGGAGCAGAGUUCAUUCACAAUGCACUCAGAGGAAGGGGUAAAAUCCUGGUGCACUGUCACGUUGGAGUUAGCCGCUCAGCCACUGUAGUGUUGGCCUACAUGAUGCUGAAGCAAAACAUGACCCUGGUGGAGGCGAUCAACACAGUCAAAGAAGGAAGAGGAAUUAUUCCCAACCGAGGCUUCCUCAGACAACUUAUUGACCUUCAUGUUAAACUGCACGGCUACAGAACCUAAAGACUUUUACUGUGACUUCUGAACUCUGAGGACUGAGGACAGAUCAGCAUGAAUGUAGUUUAUCAUCGAUGAUAGUUACAUCAGAAUAUGCUGCUUUGCUGUUCACUUCAGUAAAACCUGGAAUCACUGGGACUGGAACUGGAACUUGAUUUUGUGUUUUUGUAAAAAUUUGAAGUAAAUAAAAUCUUUGAAAAUGAUAUGUAUAUUUAAUAAAUCUGUAUAAUGUAAAACAUC